ACGAAUUCAAGCUUCUGCUCCAUCUGCCUACAAGUCCAGACAGGGGGCACUCAUUACCCGGCAGGCACUUUACCCGUGUUUUAAAGCAAGAUGGCAGCUGUUGUUGAGAAUGUUGUCAAACUAUUGGGAGAGCAGUACUACAGAGAUGCCUUGGAGCAGUGUCACAACUACAACGCCAGGCUGUGCGCUGAGAGGAGCGUUCGGAUGCCGUUCCUGGACUCUCAGACCGGCGUGGCUCAGAGCAACUGCUACAUCUGGAUGGAGAAGAGACACCGGGGUCCUGGCAUGGCUCCUGGUCAGCUUUACACGUACCCAGCCAGGAGGUGGAGGAAGAAACGGAGAUCUCAUCCUCCAGAAGACCCGCGCCUCAUCUUCCCUCCUGUCAAGUCAGAAUUAGAUUUGGGGUUGAAGAAGGACGUCCUGUUGUCGUCGGAUGGCAGCAGCUUGGAGGCCUUGCUGAAGGGGGAACCUCUGGACAAACGGACCCCGGCGGACAUCCGGGGGUCAGAAGAAGACUCCAAUCAGAGCGACUACACCGGCAGCCUGAACCCCUCCACCCGGAUUAGAAAGAGAAUCCUCGAGCCAGACGACUUCCUGGAUGACCUGGAUGAUGAAGACUAUGAGGAAGACACGCCUAAAAGAAGAGGCAAAGGGAAAGGGAAGGGUCGAGGAGUGGGUAGCGGCAGGAAGAAGGUGGACACGGCAGCGUUGGAGGACAGGGACAAGCCCUACGCCUGUGACAACACUAUCAAACAAAAGCACAUUUCAAAACCUUCUGAAAGAGUCUGUGGGAAGCGCUACAAGAACCGCCCAGGCCUGAGCUACCACUACGCCCACUCCCACCUGGCGGAGGAGGAGGGCGAGGAGAAGGACGACCUGGAGAUGAACGAGACGGCCCUCCCGCUGCCUGAGGAGCCGAAAACAGCUCCCAAAAAAGGCCCAGACGGUCUGGCAUUACCUAAUAAUUACUGCGAUUUCUGCUUGGGAGACUCCAAAACCAAUCACAAGACGGGCCAAUCAGAAGAGCUGGUGUCCUGCUCGGACUGUGGACGCUCUGGCCACCCCUCCUGCCUGCAGUUUACUCCUGUAAUGAUGGCUGCCGUGAAGACGUAUCGCUGGCAGUGCAUAGAGUGCAAAUGCUGCAACAUGUGCGGUACCUCUGAAAACGAUGAUCAGCUUCUCUUCUGUGAUGACUGCGAUAGAGGCUACCACAUGUACUGUCUCAACCCGCCGAUGUCUGAACCUCCGGAAGGGAGCUGGAGCUGCCACUUAUGUCUGGACCUUCUGAAAGACAAGGCGUCCAUAUACCAGAAUCAGAACGCACCCACGUCGUGAUGGCCGCUCCGUCACCCAACCGUCCUGCAGCAUUACGGUGAACCCCUCAAGGUACACAAUGACCUCCUCCCUCCCCUUCACCGGGUGUCGGCGUGGGGGGUGGAGUGUGCUCUGGAAACGGGAGGAAGUUCGCCUGAUCAAACUGGCCUCACUUAGCACCAGAUUAUGACUGUUACACAGUUCCCGCCUUAGAAUGGGUUUUUAUUUUCAUCCACUCGCCACAUUUAGCCAGUUUGGCAUCGUUUGUUUCAGAGACGCGUCAUAAACGGCCAAACUUCCACUUUGCGUUCAGCUUUUAUACCUAAAGUUGCUAAAGCUUCGUCUCUGUCCUGCAAUGUGCUGAUUUUAUGGAGUUUAAAAAGCUUGAUAAUAGUGAAAAACAAAUACAUUUUAUAAUAUUUAUAUAUUUCUAUGGUAAAGAUUAUUAUGUAUGUAAAGCUUUGGGGAAAAAAGGAAUGAUUGUGUUUAACAUUCGCUCUCAUAUUCGGAGAAAGGCCACAACCACAUUUUGAACAAACGUUUUGAUCCACCUGAUGCAGUCAAAGGGAUUUACUUCGACUGUAAAGGGUUCAAUGUCUUCACAAUAAAAGCAAACAGGAAACAGGAAGUAUAAAUAGAAUCCCUCUGAUGUUUAUCAGCGUGGCUCCACAGGUUGCGCCGCUUCAAAGAUGGCAGGUUGGACCUUUAUCUCUCGGGUCAAUCUUGGCAUGGCGUUGGCUUAUCGAGCUGCGCUCGUCGUCAUGGCGACGCACUGAUGUGCAUGCUUCACAUUGUCAUAUUUCUGUGAUGUGGUGACUUAUUUCAAAACUUUUUCCACCCUUUGUGACAUAUUUUGUACUAUUUGAAAAACAAAUCUGUUUCGAAAGGUUAAAGAGUAAAAAUAGUAGCAAUAACUUGUCUGCAUGAAUGCACACCCUUUGACCUUUUGCUCCAGUUUUAAUAUCAAAUCUUGUGUGUACAUCGAACAUCAGUUAAGUCUGAAUUUGGUCUAGACGACCACUAAGCUUUUUCUUUCAAAGAAAGUGACCUACCUCCAUGUGGGAGAAUGUUUUGGUCAGAUGAAGCAGCAUGUAAACUCCUGGGUCGUCUUUCUAAAAGGAAGGUUUGGACCAAACACUGAGGAUUCUUAGAAAAUGACAAUCUCAUAAACACCAAUUCCGUUUUGUCCAGAGACCUUCUGAUGUAUGAUUAAUGGCUUCCUCUCAAUCUCAUAUAUUUGGACAAUGUUUGGCAAGUCGAGAUGUUUUUACUCUUGAUGACAGGUUUUAGAUCAAAUGGUAUUUAGUCGGAGAUUGUGCAAACUGUUGUAACCAGGUUUUCUAAAUUCAGUUGAACUGAUUCCCGUCACAUUCAGAGGGGAAAAAUGUUCAUAGGUUCAUAUUUUAAUGUCACAUAAACCUGAAUCUGAUCUUUUCAUGACAGUCUGAACAACACAGGUCGGAUUUUUUGCGAAUGCAACCCAGUCCGAUACGUAUCCAAUUCAAAUGUGACCGAACGUCCAGGUCGCAUUCAGCCGACUUAUGUCACUGAUACUCGACAAACGUCACUGUUCUGCCUCCUGAUACGCCCAAGUGAGAAGACAAACAGCAACCAAGGAGAACUAUAAUGAAGAAUAAGUUGUUAAAGUGCUGCUCCGGUUGGACAACAACUUCAAAUGUGUAAACUAUGCUCCACCGUUAACAUCCAUGUUUACUUCCGCAAACACCGAGCACUUCCUCUUCUUUUCAUGGCGGUUGGCAAAACACUGAGAAGGCUCAGUUAUCGCGCCCCCUACUGCGCAUGCGGUGCACUUUUAGAUCGUUUGCCGUUCACAUUGGGGAUCACAUACAGGUCGCAUAUAUUUGGAAGUGUGAACGGCCAUGGCAAAAACAAAAAUCCGAAGACGGUGAACCCUCGUUUUUCGCGGGGGUUGCGUUCCAAAAAGAACCCAUGAUGGGUGAAAUCCGUGAAGUAACCUUUAUUUUUUUUAUAAUUAUUAUACAGCAUGAUUAAAUGCUCUACAUUGAAACCAAAGAACAAAAACUGUUUUCAGGCCUAAGCAUUAUUUUUUAACAAAUAGAACACGUUCUUACAAAUAACUACAGUAAAAUAAUCAUUUAAUCAUCAAUAUGAAGUAGGACAAAUUGUGACAAAUUGUGAUUUGCGUAUUUCACUGUUCCUCCGACUGAGACGCUGCGGCCUGACUCCGCUCUCUAGUGUCUUUUUCUUCUGAAGCCUGUGGUGCAGGUGAGUUUUGUCUAGAGAAGAACAAAGUUAUCGGUAGUUAUUGUCCCUCUUUUUUCCUCUUGGGCAAAAAAAUUUGCCAAGCUGCAUUACGUAUAUUUAAAUACCGUAACGUUAUGGGCACACAGGUAGAGAAGAAGCACGGAGACUGUUUAGCCAAUCAGGACGCAGAACACAAUCCACUAUGAAAAAAAACUAAACUCUGCAAAGCAGCGAGGCCGUGAAAGGUGAACCGCGAUCUAGCGAGGGUUCACUGUAGACAAAAAAUGGGUCACUUCCAGCUGCAGUGUGAACGCCACCUAGGUCCUGCAAAUGUUCGGGAGCCACUGUCUUCUCUGCCCUUAACUACGGCAUUGCACCUGAGGACUGCACCAAACAUACCCAGAAUGCCAUGCUCUGGUCAUAAUCAUGACAAAAUCUAAACCCUGUUGUUGUCAGCUGCCUAAUAAAGGGACUAUCGCUGUGUUCUAGCAGUUUGCUCAUCAUUUGGUGACGUUUUCCUAGCAGAUAUUAUCACAUAAACUGUUUGGCCCCAGAUAUGUUAGUGGCUCUAUAUUGUAGAGGAGUUGUGUGUAUGUUUAGUCCCGGAGAGGCUGCUGCUCUUGUCUCAGAUUUUCUAAAUGUGGCUGCAAAGCAGAAGCAGUUCUUUUACCUCAAACAGAAUCAGUAUUUAAAGAAUCAAACCGUGAUGUAGAUAAGUGGGAAGAGUCAAAGUAACGACGAUUACAGCUGCAGGUUCUGCAUUAUUAUUCAGCUGCAUGUUCACUUCAUACAGUCGUCUCAGAGUUAAGUCGGUACACGUGUUUGGGGACGUGGUGUAAAAUAAUUUAACCAUACUAUCAUGUCCUUUCAAUAGUCAACUAACAAUAACUAAAGCAUUACACCAGUAUGACUUGGUUUACUUUCUUGUGACUUACCACUUUAUCUUUAAAGAGUGGUUAGUAAACUGUUUAUCUGCUCUUUUUGUGUUCGUCAUCAGUGAUGAUUAGGAUUCAGUUGCUUUUUUUAGUUAAUCCUGUGAUUCAGGUCUCAGCUGAAGCCUCUUUCUUCCAAAGCUCAAAGCAAAACUUCUUGUGAUCACAAUGAGAGACGAGGAAACUUUCAUUAACGGGGACAUUCGUCACCAUAUUUUAUUUCACUUUACAACCGCUAUGUGAUUAUUAUUAUUAUUAUUGUUAGAUUAUGCUUCUGUUUUUGCAUUGGGAGAGAAUUGUUUGUUACAUAAUAUUUAAAUCAAAAUCAUAGGUUUACAGAUUAGGGGAAUUUUCCUUGGGUGAACUUUUAUUUGAAUUGUGAUGGAAUGUUUUAUUGUAAAAAAUAAAAUAAAAUAAAAAAUAAAUACUGAGCUCUAUAAUCUGGUGGCUUUUAUUCUCCUGUUGUAGUUAAAUAAUUUAAAAACGGAAACUGUUGUUUUAUUGGCUUUACAAAACAAAUAUUACUAGAGAUGCACCAAUCAGAUGUUUGUGGCUGAUUUAUGGUGGUUGGACCUGCUAAUACAAUUUAAAAUAAUUUGGUAAGUUUGAGUUUUUCUCUACAAAUAUAAAAUUUCUUAUUUUUUUACAUUUAUCUCAUGACACCUACAUAGGGUCACUAAUAAGUUAGCAGCACUGUUUGCAUUAAAGGCAAUAAGCAAUAUUUCAAAUUUAAAAAAUCCAGCUAGUAUUAAAAUAUUAGAUAUAUUAUCCUUCUGAGCAACAAAACAAUCUAGAGACAUGAUUUAUUUAUCAAUCAGAAUAAUUUCUGACAGAAAAUCAGCUGUUAUUG